AUGUCAGAAAUCGACCAAGAACUCACGAGGCACCCGGUCGAGCAUCCCUCUAUCGGUUGUAUUCAAGGUAUCAGUAGGCUACCAGAAGUGACUCAAUAUUUGGGGAUUCAAUAUGCAACCCUUGAACAUAGGUUCUUACGAGGCGAACUGAAGCAGUAUUCUUCAGUACCUGGUAGUAGACUAGAUGCUACAACAUAUGGUUCACAGGGUGCCCGGCGUGGUGGUACAACGUACGCUUGCCUUUCAAACUAUAAAGAACUGAGUAGUGUCGCUAGGAAAUCUAUAAAGCUUCUGAAGGAUGCUGCUGGAAGUCUAUCACGAAGUGGAAAUCCUCCGGGUGACAACUGGGAGAAGGCCUCAAUUACCCGCCACGCCGUCUCUCAGAGUCAACCAAAUCUGUGCGACGUUUGUCUUAACCAGGCACUGAGCCCAUACCACAUGGAGGGUCAUUCGGGCAGGGCUCCCUUAUCGAAGCAUCCAAUAACCCCUGGAACAAGAUAUUGGGCUCACAGAGAGCGACGGAAUUGUAGCAGUUCUAGAGGCCGACCAUCUCCAGGGACUCAAUGA